GCGGGGAACAGGGGUCGCGCGGCGACUCCGGCCCGGCGCGGAAGCGCGACCUCGGCGGCCAUGGCCGCGGCGGUGGAGAGCUUCGUGACGAAGCAGUUGGACCUGCUGGAGCUCGAGAGGGAAGCGGAGGUGGAGGAGCGCAGGUCCUGGCAGGAGAGCCUCUCUCUGAAGGAGCUGCAGAGCCGGGGCGUGUGUCUGCUGAGGCUGCGGGUGAGCGGCCAGCGCACCGGGCUCUAUGGCCGGCUGCUGGUCACCUUCGAGCCCAGGAAGAGCGUCUCGGCGGGGGAGCUGCCCAGUAACAGCUUCGCCUCGGGUGACAUCGUGGGUCUGUAUGACACUGCCAGCGAAGGCGGUCAGCUGGCCACGGGGAUCCUCACCCACCUCACCCAGAAAUCCGUCACCGUGGCCUUCGAUGAGGGCCACGAUCUCCAGCUGGGCCUGGACCGAGACGGCUCCUACCGCCUGUUAAAGCUCGCCAACGACGUCACUUACAAGCGACUGAGAAAAGCUCUGCUUACCCUGAAGAAGGGCCACUGGGGCCCAGCGUCCUCGCUCACCGAUGUCCUGCUCGGCGGGUCCACGCCCAGCCCUGCCCGCGAAGCCCAGCCCCUCGUCUUCUUCAACGCUGCCCUGGACGCCUCCCAGAAGGAAGCUGUAUCGUUUGCGCUGUCCCAGAAAGAGCUCGCCAUCAUCCACGGGCCUCCUGGCACAGGGAAGACCACGACCGUGGUUGAAGUCAUCCUGCAGGCCGUGAAACAAGGCUUGAAGGUUCUGUGCUGUGCGCCCUCCAACGUUGCCGUGGACAACCUGGUGGAGCGGCUGGCCCGGUGCAAGCAGCGGAUCGUGCGUCUGGGCCACCCCGCGCGCCUCCUGCCCUCCAUCCAGCAGCACUGCCUGGACGCCGUGCUGGCGCGGAGCGACGGCGCCCAGCUCGUGGCCGACAUCAGGAAGGACAUCGACCAGGUCUUUGUGAAGACCACCAAGACCCAGGAGAGGCGGGAGAAGAGUAGCCUCCGGGACGAGGUGAGGCUGCUGCGGAAGGAGCUGCAGGCGAGGGAGGAAGCGGCCAUGGUGGAGAGCCUCAGCGCGGCCAGCGUGGUCCUUGCCACGAACACAGGUGCCUCUCCCGACGGCCCCCUGAAGUUGCUGCCCGAGAGCCACUUCGACGUGGUGGUCGUGGACGAGUGCGCCCAGGCGCUGGAGGCGAGCUGCUGGAUCCCGCUGCUGAGGGCCCGGAAGUGCAUCCUGGCUGGAGACCACAAGCAGCUGCCGCCCACCACCGUGUCCCCCAAGGCCGCACUGGCGGGGCUGUCGCGGAGCCUGAUGGAGCGGCUGGCCGAGGAGCACGGCGAGAACGUGAUGCGGGUGCUGACGGUGCAGUACCGCAUGCACCAGGCCAUCAUGCGCUGGGCCUCGGAGGCCAUGUACCACGGGCAGCUCACGGCCCACCCCUCCGUGGCGGGGCACCUCCUGCAGGACCUCCCGGGUGUGGCCGCCACCGAGGAGACAGGCAUCCCCUUGCUGCUGGUGGACACCGCCGGCUGUGGGCUGUUUGAGCUGGAUGAGGGCAACCAGUCCAAGGGGAACCCUGGUGAAGUCCGCCUCGUCAGUUUGCACAUCCAGGCUCUGGUGGAUGCUGGGGUCCAAGCAAGUGACAUUGCCGUCAUCACGCCCUACAACCUGCAGGUGGACCUGCUGAGACAGAGCCUUGCCCGUAGGCACCCCGAGCUGGAAAUCAAAUCCGUCGACGGCUUCCAGGGACGAGAGAAGGAGGCAGUGAUCCUGUCCUUUGUCCGGUCCAACAGGAAAGGGGAAGUUGGCUUUCUGGCCGAGGACCGGCGGAUCAACGUUGCCGUGACCCGCGCCCGGCGCCACGUGGCAGUCGUGUGCGAUUCCCGCACCGUCAGCAACCACGCUUUCUUGAAGACCCUGGUGGAUUAUUUCACAGAGCACGGAGAAGUGCGCACCGCCUUCGAGUACCUUGACGACAUCGUCCCCGAAAACUACGGCCAAGCCGUCGAGAAGCCGCGGGGCCCCGGCGUGGCCGCCCAGAAGCCCGCUGGGAGCCGGCGGCAGGAGGGCGCCCAGGAGGCUACAGCGGCGGCCAGGCAGCCCCCCAGGCAGCCGGGCGGGAAGCCGGCGGGGUCCGGAGCCCCCUUGCAAGCCAGCCCCAGCGGAGGCGGCCCCGCGGGCGCCGGGGGCGGAGGCAGCGCGCAGCACCUCAGGGCCCUCCUCACCGAGUUUGUGGCCAGCGAGGAGACGCGGCUGGAGUUUCCCGCGUCCCUGAACGCCCACGACAGGCUGCGGGUGCACCAGAUAGCCGAGGAGCUGGGGCUGAGGCACAGCAGCGCGGGGGAGGGGAAGGCCAGGUACAUCACAGUGAGCAAGAGGACCCCGCCCUCCCGGCCACCCACAGCGCCAUCAGACAGCUCGGCCCCCGUACCUGCCGCGGCCCCCGUACCCGCUGCGCCCCCGGGCCCCGCGCAGGAGGAGCAGCCCCCCGGGGAGCAGCCCCCCGGGGAGCAGCCCCCCAAGGAGCCGCAUGGCCAGGGCCAGCCAGACCUGAAGGCGCUCCACCUGGAGAGACUGCAGAGGGCGAAGGGGGAGCCCGGGCCGCAGACCGAGAGGGGGCAGCCGGCCGGGGGCGCCGGGCCGCAGAGCCUCCCCGGCAAGAAGAAGAAGAAAGACGCGAAAGGACGUCCGGCCAGAGACCCGCCCCCGGAGGAGGACUUCGACGCUCUGGUCUCGGCGGCCGUGAAGGCCGACAACACCUGCAGCUUCGCCAGGUGCACAGCCAGCGUCGCCGCCCUGGGCCAGCUCUGCCAGCUCUGCAGCCGCCGCUACUGCCUCAGCCACCACCUGCCUGAGGUCCACGGCUGCGGCGAGAAGGCCCGCGCGCACGCGCGGCAGAGAAUCAGCCGGGAGGGCGUGCUGUAUGCCGGCAGUGGGACCAAGGACAGGUCCCUGGACCCGGCCAGGAGGGCACAGCUGCAGAGGAAGCUGGGUAAGAAGCUGGGCGAGCUCAGCAGCCAGAGGACGAGCAAGAAGAAGGAGCGGGGGACGUGAGCGGCCACGUCCACACGGCCAGUGCCACGCCGUCCCCUCCCCCGGCCUGCUGCCUGGCGUGGAGCGGCCGUGGGAGACGCUGGGCCUCUGCGGAGUGGCAGGAGUGUGGCAGGCACGCGGGGGCAGCAGGUGGCUCUCCCUGGCUCCCGCACGGGCCCGCCUCCCGGGGCCCCCUUCACUGCGGCCCAGCCCAGAUCCCAGUGCGGGGCUGGGGCUGAGGAAGGCCCUGUUCCCGUGGACGUGUGCCAGCCUCAGACUGUGCCUCCGGCCGGCCAGCUUCCGGCCGUGGGGGAGGACCCGCCCCCGCUCCGCCCUGGUGCCCGCCGUGCCUCUCGGGCUGGGGCUCCCUCCCAGUGCCCUCUGCGCUUCGCCAGCUGUGUGGUGAUGUGUUCAGCCUCAGGGUUUGGUGUCACAGGGACGUACACUCCAGAACCAAAUAAAGUCAGCUGCACCGUG